CCCAAACGUGGGCUGUGGAUGUGGCAGUGAAGCACCGCCAGUCCACCGGCUGAGUACGUGUCUCCCUCUUUGAAGUGCACUCACAAGUGUAGCUCUGGUUGUUGUUUUAGGCCUCCGAAUUGCCAGUGGUUUCCAGGUGUCAGUGCCAUGUUUGCCAGGCUGGCCUUGUACUCUUGCCUGCCAUCCAGAAUCCGGCAAUCAAAUGUGUGUCCGGUCACCAUCAGAGCUUUUUCCCAGGCUAAAUUCUCGCUCCCACGUCCCCAUGGGAAGUCUUUUGCCCACCGCAGUGAGUUGAAGCAGGCCAAGCGUGUUGUAGUGAAGCUGGGCAGUGCCGUGGUUACACGUGGAGAUGAAUGCGGUCUGGCACUUGGACGACUGGCGUCAAUUGUGGAGCAGGUGGCCAUGCUCCAGAAUCAAGGCAGGGAGAUGAUGAUUGUUACGAGUGGUGCUGUGGCCUUUGGGAAGCAGCGACUGAGACAUGAGAUACUGCUGUCUCAGAGCGUCAGGCAGGCCUUACAUUCUGGACAGAACCAGCUCAAAGACAUGUCAAUUCCAGUUUUGGAAGCAAGGGCGUGUGCGGCUGCAGGGCAGAGUGGCCUGAUGGCGUUGUACGAAGCUAUGUUCACCCAGUACAGUAUCUGCACCGCACAGAUUCUCGUCACCAACCUGGAUUUUCAUGAUGAGCAGAAGCGUCGCAAUCUAAACAGCACAUUACAUGAACUUCUGAGGAUGAACAUAGUUCCCAUCAUCAACACCAAUGAUGCUGUCGUUCCGCCCCCUGUUCCCAACAGUGACUUGCAGGGGGUAAAUGUAAUAAGCAUCAAAGAUAAUGACAGCUUGGCUGCACGACUGGCUGUUGAAAUGAAAGCAGACCUUCUUAUUGCCCUGUCUGAUGUUCAAGGCUUAUUCGACAGUCCCCCAGGAACAGAUGAUGCCAAGCUCAUUGAUAUAUUCUAUCCUGGAGACCAGCAGUCAAUCACGUAUGGUACCAAGUCCAGAGUUGGUAUUGGCGGAAUGGAAGCGAAGGUGAAAGCAGCCCUUUGGGCACUACAGGGUGGGACCUCUGUCGUCAUCGCCAACGGCACAGAUCCUAAAGUCACAGGCCACGUCAUCACAGACAUUGUGGAAGGGAAGAAAGUUGGCACCUUCUUCUCUGAAGUGAAACCUGCAGGCCCAACUGUGGAGCAGCAGACGGAGAUGGCCCGGCAUGCUGGCAGGACUCUGGCCUCCCUGCUUCCAGAACAGAGAGGAGAGAUCAUCUGCUGUCUUGCUGAGCUACUUACAGAGAAGAAAGACGAGAUUCUCAGUGCCAACAGGAAAGACAUGGAGAUGGCAACGGUAUCAGGUCGUUUCUCCCAGGCUCUGAUCAACCGCCUAAGUCUGUCUACUGCUAAGCUGAACAGCCUUGCAAUUGGCCUGCGUCAGCUUGCUGUGUCCUCCAGGGACAGCGUAGGGAGAGUGCUGAGGAGGACGAGGGUGGCGAACAACCUGGAGUUGGAACAGAUCACUGUCCCCAUCGGUGUUCUGCUGGUCAUCUUUGAGUCUCGUCCUGAUUGUCUACCACAGGUAUCGGCUCUAGCCAUUGCUAGUGGAAAUGCUUUGCUCUUGAAGGGCGGUAAAGAAGCUUCCAACACCAAUAAAAUUCUACAUCAACUCACUCAGGAAGCACUUUCAAUUCAUGGAGUAGCAGAUGCCAUUCAGCUGGUGAGCACACGUGAGGAGGUUGAGGACCUGUGCAGACUAGACAAGAUGAUUGACCUCAUCAUUCCCAGGGGUUCAUCCCAGCUUGUCCGGGACAUCCAAAGGGCAGCUAAGGGCAUUCCUGUGUUGGGCCACAGUGAGGGCGUCUGUCACGUCUACAUAGACAAUGAUGCCAGCAUUGACAAAGUUAUUGAUGUCGUCAGAGACUCCAAAUGUGACUACCCUGCAGCCUGCAAUGCCAUGGAGACCCUCCUCAUGCACAGAGAUUUGCUGCGGACUCCUAUAUUUGACCAGAUCAUUGACAUGCUGAGAACAGAACAAGUAAAGAUUCAUGCAGGUCCCCGGUUUGCAUCCUAUUUAACUUUUAGCCCAUCAGAGGUGAAGUCUCUGAGGACAGAGUAUGGGGACCUGGAGUGCUGCAUCGAGGUGGUAGACAGCAUGCAGGAUGCUGUCGACCAUAUCCACAAAUAUGGCAGCUCCCACACUGAUGUCAUUGUUACAGAGAAUGAAGAUACAGCCGAACAGUUUCUACAGCAGGUGGACAGCGCCUGUGUCUUCUGGAACUCCAGCUCUCGCUUUGCUGAUGGCUACCGCUUUGGCUUAGGAGCUGAGGUUGGAAUCAGCACGGCACGGAUACAUGCUAGAGGUCCAGUAGGUUUGGAGGGGCUUCUCACCACUAAAUGGGUUCUUCGAGGCGAGGGACACACUGUGGCUGACUUCUCAGAGCAAGGCAGCAUGAAAUACCUUCAUGAAAACAUCCCUGUUCCCCAGGGCAGUUUUAGUUAGGUUGCCAAAAACCACAGCCAUCAACAGAAGUCAGAGUAACAACUGUCUACCCCAAGUUCAUUGAAAAGUUUGUGUCUGUCAGUGGCUAGCUGCUGCUUCAUCACCUGUAUCACUCCACAAAGUUCUUGGUUUGGUGAACCUGUGCAUUAACGAGUGAAUGUGUUUUUAAGAUACAUAUCGAUCUCCCGAGACAUCGACUGGUUGUUAAAUGACUGCUGAGGAAAUUGUGUUGUGCUAAAAAGAAAAAAGAAGCUAAUUCCCUUAUACUGUAUUGAUAGUGCAAUAGGUGAAACACAACAUAGACAAACUCUUUCCAAUGUAAGGUCUUUUUUUUAUAACACCAGAAAAAAGAAAUCAUUGCCCCAGCUGUGAUUUUCUAAUUUAUUUUUCUACAUACAAACUCUCCCUUGGUGUUUUUGUAAUUUACCGCGAGUGCUGUUUGUGCUGGAUUAUAGUUCAUAUUUCCUUUGCUGUCCUUCCUCUUUGCACAGAUAAUUUAAUAAAUACGCUGUACAGUUCUUUAA